UAUUCCAAAUCCUAUCAGAGCAGGCGGAGGAAGAGAAGCAGCAAAAUGAAGUGCUGCUUGGUUUUCACGCUUCUGCUGAUCUCAGCUCUGAAGGAUACAUUGGGCGAAAGAUUCUUCAUCUCAGCUCCAAAUGUCUUUCAUCUGGGUGCUAAAGAAAAAGUUAUUGUCCAGAUGGGCGGUCAAUACCUAAACAAACGCAUUAGCGUAUACCUGAAGGACACUUUUGGGAACCUUAUGUCUGCAAAGAAAGAAACUGAAUGUAAAACAGAGUCAGAAAUCCAAAUGGUAGAGCUAAUGAUAGACAGAAAGAGCUGGUCACAAAUCAAAGACAAUUUUCAAAAUGUACCCCCUCACCUCGAUCUCGUGGCAGAGGUCCUCGAUGGUGGUCCAGUGAAAAUAGCAAGGGUCCUGGUUUCAAACCAAAGGGGAUACAUUUUCAUACAGACUGAUCAACCAGUGUACAACCCAACUCAGAAAGUGAACUACAGGAUUUUCACUCUUAAUCACAUGUUCAGGCCACAUCAGGAAUCUAUCUGCAUAUCUGUGUUCAAUGCUGCUGGUAACAGAAUAAUGAAGAACUUAAUAUCAGCAGUUGGAGGGAUUUACCAAGGCCAUUUCGAAAUACCAGAUGUAUCCGAAAUGGGCACCUUCAAGAUCACGGCUCACUAUGAAGAGGAUGAAGCAAAUGCUGCUGUGCGAGAGUUCAAAGUCCAAAAGUUUGUUUUACCAAGUUUUGAGGUGGGAAUUGAAACAGAACGUCGUUACCUUUUGUUGAAUGAUCAGCUGCUUAAGUUCACAAUUUCAGCAAUGUAUUCAUAUGGUGAAGAAGUAAAAGGCGCUUACCACUGCCAGUUUGGUGUUAUGAAAAAAGCCGCAGCUCAAAAAGCACCAGACAUUAUUAGUGGCCUGGAGCUGACUGGAUCGGUUCUAAAUGGAAGGGCAACCGCUACUCUUCAGUUAAAAGAUAUUGAUUGGAAACAGCUGAACCAAACCCUCUCUGACUUACAGGAAAGUGGAUCUCAGCUCUACGUGGGGGUGUAUGUCACCAACAUUCAAAAUGGUGAAGUACAAAAAGGAGAGAUUUAUCUUCCCAUCGUUCCCCAUAAAUACAGCAUAGAUCUGUCUCGAACACGCUCGCAUUUUAUUCCAGGAUUUCCACUUGAUGUGGUGGUUGUUGUUCGUCACCCUGAUGGCACCCCAGCAGUUGGUGUGCCAGUAAAUAUUUCUGCAAACACAGGCAUCGGAGAGCCAUUUUGGCAAGGCAGCACUAAUCAAGACGGGGGACUGUAUUCUACCUUUAAUGUUAUUUCUACCCAUCCAAUUAAAGUUGAUGUUUCAGCAGAUGGUCUUCAAAAAAGCAAAAUUCUACAACUUGCUUCAUCACCAAGUGGAAGUUAUCUUUACAUUUCUAUUACCAACAAGGUUUACCAUGUGGAUGAAUUUUUUUCUGUAACAUUUAACACCAAAAACGGACCGAACAAGGGAUACAUUUAUUACAUGGUUUUGAGCCGUGGGAUGAUAAAAAAAAGCGAUUCACUUCCCUUUGGUGUAUCAGUUAAACAUAAUCUGUUGAUAACAGCUGAUAUGGUUCCAUCUUUCCGCCUGGUUGGUUACUAUCACGAUGAAACGGGUCACAUCAUAGCUGACUCGGUGUGGGUGGAUGUCAGGGAUGAAUGCGAGAUAAAGGUCACGGUAAAGCAUGAAGGACAACCUAAGCCAGGAACAAUAACUAAACUGGAAUUGGAUUUACAUAAGCAAACCGCUAAAGUUGCUUUGUUAGCCGUAGAUAAGGCUUUCUAUGGUCUCAAAGCUGAUAAUAAACUUACAGCCAAACAGAUAUUUUCUACCAUGACCUCAUAUGAUCUCGGCUGUACAUACAGUGGAGGAUCUGAUCCAGCAGCAGUUCUCAUGGAUGCUGGCCUUGCUUUUACUUCCCCUAAAAUGAAAGCAGAUAGGAGAAGUUUUUGGUGUGAAUCAGAAAAAUUAAGGCAAAGACGUUCAGUCGACCUUAAUGAAGCAAAGAGGAAAAUAAAAUUAGAGUUUGAAGAUGUUGAUCUGCAAAGCUGUUGUAUUCAUGCAUUUUCUAACAUCCCAAUGAGAGAAAGUACAUGUAAGAUAAGAUCAAACAGGGUUGGUUUAGUAAAAGGAAAUCAGACAUGUGCCGAUGCUUUCCUAAAGUGCUGCCUCGCUGCUGAGAAGCUGAGACAAAAACAGAUGCUAGAGGAUGCUCAGAGUGGACUUGGAAGGACUGCAAUAACUGCUGACAUGGAAGAGUUCUUUUCAGAAACAACUAAUGUUAGACGAUAUUUCCCCCCAAGUUUUGAAUUCAAAGAAUUUUUGGUAAUUGACAAAAAAAGUCACUCUUUAAUGCUCCCUGACUCAAUCACCACAUGGGAGAUUCAAGUUGUCACUUUAUCCCCGGAAACAGGAUUGUGUGUAGUUAAGCCACAUGAGAUCAGAGCUUUCAAGGAGUCAUUUGUGUCUCUGAGGCUGCCUUACUCGGUGAAAAAGUUUGAGCAACUGUCUAUUUCACCUGUUAUCUACAACUACGGUGAAAGAGACUUACGGGUGGCAGUACAUAUGGAACAAACUGAAGGACUUUGCUCCCCUGCUUCCGCCACCACCAGCUCCUACAGUGAAAUCACCGUGAAGAAUGCAUCUUCUCAGUUUGUUUCCUUUUCAGUUGUCCCGAUGGUAACUGGUUCAUUGCCAAUUAAAAUACGUUUAUAUGACGUUGAAAAUGAAAUGGGAAUAGACAAAUUAGAGAAAAACUUAAAAGUACAGACUGAGGGAAUACUGUUCAGAGAGGAAAAAACUAGGACAUUUAAUUUAGAUGGACGGAGUUCCCAGACCAUAUAUAUUGAUGGAAGUUUGCCAGAUGGCACAGUCCCUGACUCCAGCUCCAAUAUAUUUGUUUCAAUGGAAGGAAAUGGAUUUGGUGGUUCAUAUGUAAAGAGUCUUCUGUCUCCCCAAAAAGUUGGAAAGCUCAUCGUACUACCUUACGGGUGUUUAGAACAGACUAUGGGGAGACUAGCGCCAACAACUUUAGCCAUCCGCUACCUGGACUUGAGUGACCAGUGGUUUGAUCUGGAUCCUGGUGCUCGAGAUGACGCUCUUGAUAAAAUUGAAAGUGGCUACAUGAGAAUUCUAUCAUUCAAUAAAUCUGAUGGAUCCUAUGAAACAUUUGGAUCACAGUCAACCAGCAACUGGGUGACUGCUCUUGUAAUAAAGAUUCUGUCACUGGUUGCGGAACUUCAAACAGUUGGCAAAGGAGAGCAGGCUCGAUCGUUCAAAGUUGUACCACAUGACAAGAUUAACCGUCCUGUCAGUUACUUGCUGUCAGUGCAGCAGGGUGAUGGCUCAUUCAGAGACCCAAAUCCUGUGUUACACAGAGAUGUCCUGACAGGAGACGACCAACAUGCAUCCAUGACUGCUUUCAUCACUCUUGCACUGAUUCGCUCCCGUCGAUUUCUUACACCUGAAAAUCUAAAUAAAAUGAAUGCAAGUGUUUUAACGGCGACAAAUUAUCUCCAAGAACAAUAUGACAAGCUGAGGCAUACCUACGCGAUGGCUAUUACAGCUUAUUGCCUAUCAGUUUACCUGCCACAGGGGGCCGGUGGUCGAUUAAAUGCAUGGACGAAACUUCAAUCAAGGGCGAUAAAAGACAAGAAUAACUGCUUCUUUUGGGCAAAUGAAAUUGAAGAUAGUCAAAAGGCCAUCACAAUUGAGACAACCGCCUAUGCUCUCCUAACUGCACUGCAAAAUGGUGACAUCGAGUGGGCAAACAAAACAGCCUGCUGGUUAGUCAGCCAAGAAAACUAUAACGGGGGCUAUCAAUCAACUCAGGACACCAUCAUGGCACUGGAAGCCCUGUCACAGUAUGAGCUAAAUAAGACAAGUACUGUCACUGAGGUAACAGCAGAGUUCACGACCCCAGCAAGGAAUGAGAUAGUUAGGCUAAACCUGACAAACCAUAAAGAGAAAGUGGAAACAAACCUGCAGAAACUGACUGGGAAUAACAUUACAGUUGAGCUGAAAGGACAAGGAGAAAUCAAGUUCAAAACUUCAAAGGCUUACCACCUCUUGGACCCUGAGGAUGAUUGCUCCAAACUUAACAUCAGUGUCAAAGUGGAAGGGAAAGUGAAGUACACUGCAAAGAUUACAGAUAAUUAUGACUACUACGAUGAUGAUUAUGAUGCUCCUGGGGAGAAGCAGGCACGAGUUGCACGGUCGGCGAUUGAACGUUUUGAUACUUUCACACGAAGCAGGAGAGAUCUUAAUAAUGACCUGAAUUCAGACAACUUGGUUACUUUUACUGUCUGUGUCAGUUAUAGCCCAAACAGCCCCCUCACUGGAAUGGGAAUUGCAGAUAUCACAUUACUUAGUGGAUUUGAGGUGGACGUCGAAGACCUGGACAGGCUAAAGCAACCACCUGAGCAAUACAUUAGCCAUUAUGAGAUAUCUUCUGGAAGAGUACUAAUAUACUUUAAUAAGCUGUUUGAAUCCAAGGAAUGUAUCAGUUUCAGUGCCAAUCAGACUGUGCCAGUUGGCCUUUUACAGCCCGCUCCAGCUACGUUCUAUGAUUACUAUGAACCAGAUGUAAAGUGUACCGUGUUCUACUCGCCCCCAAGAAGAAGCAAGUUGGUCUCCAAACUCUGUUCAGAAGAUGUUUGCCAAUGUGCAGAAAGACCCUGUCAUAAAGUACAAGAGACCUUCAAAUUGAAUCAAGGCAAAAGAAUCACGAAGGCUAUGCGUAUGGAUCAUGCGUGUUUCUUCCCCAGAGUGGAUUUUGCUUACAUUGUGGACGUCCAGGAGGUCACUCUUAAGAGCAACUUUGAGCUAUACAAAACUAAAGUCACUGAGAUCCUCAGACUUUAUGGAGACCUCCACGUGGCAAACAACAGUGUUCGGGUGUUUGCCAAAAGGCUUCAGUGCAAGGGUCAGUUAGACUUGGGAAGACAGUAUCUGAUUAUGGGCAAAGAUGGUGCCACUAAAGACUUGGAUGGAAACAUGCAGUAUCUGUUGGAAUCAAACACCUGGGUGGAAAAGAGGCCAUCGGAGCAGGAGUGUGCAAAAUCUGUGAACAGACGGCGUUGUGCUGAAUUCAAUGAUUUUGUUGAGGAGUACAAAACCGAUGGCUGCAGACAGUAAAUCUAACUCACAAAUCUGUUGACCUUCACUGCAAUUUAGACAUUGCAAUUGAUGAAUUGUUUUCUUUUUCUUUGUGAUAACUCACCUUUGUAGCAUAAAAAUAUCUAAUAUCACAAUAGCCUGUCGGAAAAAAGGAGGAAUAAUCCGUCCGUAAACAAAUGACUCAUUAAGCUUGACUACUUUAUCAUUUCUGGUUAAUGCAUUCUUUUGUUUCCUUAUGUCACAGCUCCAAGAUAUCCUAUUGAAAUAAGCAUUGCCUAUGUUGUUGUCAUCAUUGCUUGUACAUGCUAAAAGAAACUAGGAUAUUCAAAUAUUCAGCCCCCAUUGCAAAUUCAGCCCCCAUUGCAAAUUAGGUUAUAUGGCAAGAUUGUUAGAGGCUUGCAAUAAAUACCAAACAAUAGUUAAAAUAGUUUAAUAAAAUUGCUACUAUCAAAAUUUAUACAAUAAAACAUAUACUGACUACAUGAGUUCUUUACUUGAUGCAACCAAUAAAGGGCUUCAUCAGUCAACCA